GGCUUCUUUGGGUUUGCACAGUCCCUAGCAGUCAUAUUAAUCACACUGAACUCCACUGCAUCAAGGAUAAGUGAAAACGAAAUUUCUCCAGGAACUGCAACAGGUGUCAUGGGAGAUGGCAUCCUGAUUCUUGAGACAUUUCAUGGACAUGCAUAUUCCACUAGUGUUCUUCAUCUUCCAUAAGACUCACCUCUGGGUCAGCAACCUAUCUCCUAUGGAAAGUGUCCCAGGAGAGAACGGGGGGAAAGACCUCAGACAAGAAAAGAAAGUUAUGAGAGGCAGGAGGGACAGGAGAGAGAAAAACAAACACAGGGAGGACAAAACAAGAAAAAACUACUUACCUUUAACAGGGGCCGCAACACAGCAGAAACAGAGAGAGAAGCCCAUGCAGCUCAUUAGCCGUGCCUUUAUUCAGCUGAGGCCGGCCGGUGAUGUCACAAGGAAUCCCUGUCCGGCAGGAAUAAAGGUGGUGGACGGACAAGGAGGAGGGGGAGGAAGGACCCAGGGGAGUGUGGGGAUGCCAGGCCCCUUCUGGGAUCAUCACUGGGAAGAGAGAGCAGUGAACAGGGAGCCAAAGGAGGCUUCUGACGCUGGCCGCAGCCACAGCAACCAGGAACAAGCCACCAACACCAGAGGCGAGCAGGAAGCAGCUCCGUCAGCCUGCAAGACUUGCAGCAGCAGAGGAAACAGCAGAGGACACGCAGGAAUCACCACCACUGCAGGCUUCCCCAGUGCAGAUCUCUGAAGACCCUCCAAUCCCAUCUCUCCUCCCAGCCAAAGGGAAAGGCCCAACACCAGCUGCAGGUGGGGAAAAAGCAUGGAACCUCUGACUUUGCUGCCAGCUGCUCCUGCAAUAGGUAUCCAGGGGUGGGAGCAGGUGAAUAGGGAGCCACUGCAUCUGGGCCAGCGUACAGGUCAGCAGGAUGAGGAGGCUGGGUAGGGGCUUUCCAUAAACAUAGCCUAGGAAGUGGCACACCACACAAAGCAUGGGAGCCUAAUAGCUCCUGGGGCAUUUUAAAGACCUGCUCUGACUGUCUCUGGUUGGGGAAGAUCAGGAAAUUGAGCACAUCCUGCAGACAGACAGGAUCCCUAUCUGAACAGGGCUGUGCAGAUCCCUGCAGUGGAUAAAUGUAUGGACUGAGUUGGCUGGGGGGACAUUUCCCAGAAGGAGGUGUGUGUGUGUUCGGGUGCACUACGACCAGGCUGUGUUAAUUCUUAUGAUGACAGGUUGAGAGUUAUGGGGCUCUUUAGCCUGGAAAAGGGCAGGCUUGGGGCGAUCUGAUGGCCACCUAUAAGUUUAUCAGGGGUGUUCACCAGGAUCUGGGGGAAUGAUUGUUCACCAGAGCAGUCCAAGGGAUGACCAGGUCAAACGGUUAUGAACUCCAGCAAGACCGUUUCAGGCUGGACAUAAGGAAGAAUUUCUUUACUGUCCGAGCCCCCAAGGUCUGGAAUAGCCUGCCAUCGGAGGUGGUUCAAGCACCCACAUUGAACGCCUUCAAGAGA